AUGUCCGCCACAGCUCGUCGUGACGUGGCCCGCACUAACGCAGCUCGCGGUACUGCAGCUCUCCACCUCUCGCCAAGUGCUAGCUUCGUCGUCGAGCUCGAUGGGGAUCUCGUGCUUCCUUCUUCUUCAGCCACAACUCUCGUUCUCCAUUCUCUCUCUAAGGUCUUGUUUGAUGUGAGUUUGGUUUUGUCGAGCUGGGAUCUCUUGGAGAACAGCAGCAAGCUUGAUCGAGUCAAGCCCCACAACAUGGGUAUGGUCCUAAAAACAACUACCAAGGCCCUCAAUGGACUUUUCCUGGGCAAGCUGAUGGUGUUGUGGACACAAGCAAGAAAUUGGCUGAAAUCAACUCCAAGAUUGAGAAUCUCAACACAAGAGUGUACUCUCUGGAGAAUCAUGGGCAAGGGCAAGCUGAUGGUGUUGAAACAAUUGCUUCAAGGGCAAGCUGAUGGUGUUGUGGACACAAGCAAGAAAUUGGCUGAAAUCAACUCCAAGAUUGAGAAUCUCAACACAAGAGUGUACUCUCUGGAGAAUCAUGCUUCUUCUGUUGUUGUUGCUACAAAGCAAGGACAGCUACCUGGUAAAGCCAUACAGAACUCCAAGGAACAGUGCAAGGUCAUCUUCACUCAAGAAGGUCUUGAUGAAGAGGAGGAUCAAGAGAGAGUCAUGGAAGAGUUUUGUUUGCUGCUGAAUGACGACGAGAUUGUUGCUGCUGAGGCUCGUGGAGUCCAGAUUGAUCAACCUAAAGUGCAGCUACUCAUGCCUUUCACACUUCACCAGUUGAGCUCGCACAACAAGCUCGAUCGGCAGCUCGAUCGAGUCGAACUUUAG